AUGUCCGUCGAAGUGUCCCACGGCCGGGGCGGAGCCGGCAACAUCAACGCCGACGACACGCAGUACGUGGACGGCGAGGUCGUGCGCUCCGGGCCGGAGGGCAGCCACGGGGACGGCGCGUACAGCGCCGGCAGAGGAGGCGCCGGCAACAUCGCCGACGUGGGCACCACCUCGUCGCAGCGCAAGGACCAGGACAUCAUCCCCGACGUGGCCGUGAGGGCCAGCCAGGACACGCAGGACUACCACACCGGGCGAGGCGGCGCCGGCAACGAGCACACGUCCGCCGAGCGCGCCAAGUCGCCCCCAGCAAAGACCAACGGCGGCGCAGCCGGCGAGGCCCCCAUCAGCCUCGCCGACAAGCUCAAGGAGAAGCUGUUUGGCGCGUUCAAGAAAUGA